AGAUGGUCCUAUUUGCACAAAAAAAAGAGAGAGAAGAUAUGGUCCCAUUAAUGUCUCCAGAUGACCAGAUCCAUAAAAUUUCAAUACCCACAAGAAGAAGAUGGCCAUCUCAUCUGUACAAAAACUCAGUUUCUUCCAUCAGAUUCAUUUUCAGAACUCGACUAGUUUUUGAUAGAUCUCCAAAUACCAAAAAGGAAUGAUCAGGUAGAGAAACAAUGGAAGAAGAAGAUGAUGAUAUGGUCAAAGAGGGGCUAAUGGCCUCUCAAAGAGAGAUCUUCAGCAUUUCUGGUCCCGUCCAUUUAACCUCCAUUGAUUGGAACAAUUCGUACCAUAGAACCUCGGUGGCAUCAUGUUUGGUACAAGCAGUGUACACAUUGGAACGAGACAGACAACAAAACCGGAUUGGUCUCAAGUCACAAGCCAAUCAUUGGUGGGAGUUUUUCAACUUCACUUUAGCCGAAACCCUAAUCGACCAAUCAGAUGGCUCCAUAUACGGCGCCGUUUUUGAGUACAAACUCUUUUCCUACAAUUAUUACCAUAAUACCCCUCAUUCGAAAACGCCUCCUCGUCACGUGAUCGCGUUCCGCGGCACGAUCAUGAAGCGGCACUCUCGGUCACGUGACCUUAGGCUCGACAUACGCUGCAUCCGCGACAGCCUCCACGACAGCACAAGAUUCGUGCAUGCCAUAGAGGUGAUCCAAACAUCGGUGGCUAAAACCGGCAACGCAGCCGUAUGGCUCGCCGGACAUUCUCUUGGAGCCGCCGUGGCUUUGCUCGCCGGAAAGAUCAUGACGAGAUCUGGUUUCCCUCUCGAGUGUUACCUAUUCAACCCUCCUUUCUCCUCUAUUCCGAUAGAGAAGCUAGUGAAGAGCGAGAAGCUUAAACAUGGUGUUCGAUUCGCCGGAAGUCUAGUCAAAGCCGGAGUAGCUAUCGCCGUCAAGGGUCGCCACCAUCACAACAAGGGUCAAGAAGACGAUUCGUUUAAGAAACUAGCAUCAUGGAUACCUUAUUUGUAUGUGAAUCCGUCAGAUCCAAUCUGCUCAGAAUACAUUGGUUAUUUCAAGCACAGAAACAAAAUGUUUGAGAUCGGAGCUGGAAAAAUCGAGAGGAUAGCUACGAGGAACUCACUCAGGAGUCUGUUGUCCCGAGGAGGAGGAGGAGGAGGAGGAAGCUCGUGUUCGGAUUCUUCAUCGGAACCUCUUCAUCUUUUACCAUCGGCGUAUAUGACGAUAAACACUAGCAAAUCGCCUAAUUUUAAAAAAGCUCAUGGGAUCCAUCAAUGGUGGGAUCCUAUGUUCAGUGGUGAAUAUGUUUUGCACCAGUUUAAUCAAUGACUUCCGCUUUUGUUGCUUCAAAAUAAUGCUUGAAAUCUUUCUACUGUUUUUAAUUGUUUGAACUUUUGUUUUUAAUUGCUAUAAUAUGUACCUUGUGCGCGAUUU